CCCUAAAUAUUGCCCCUGUAUUUGUGGAUGCGUACACAAGUCACUCCGGUCCGCAUAUCGAAUUUCCCGUGAUCCGAGAGCAUCGCGAGUUUUCCCAAACCCCUCUUUUUUACCCGUUUCCCUUUAUUUUUUUUUUAGUUUUCGCCGUAUCGCGUGAACGAUCUGAAAAUCGAGCCCUUAACAAGGGUCCGACAAAGUGGAGACGAACCAAAGCAAAAAAAAAAGUUUGGACAAUUUGCCACAAUCUGCGGAAAAAGAAAAAUGUAUUGAAAUGGAAACGAUGAAAACUUAGCAAAUAUUAUUCGCCGAAGGACAAUAUGCCAUCACAGAUUCAUCUCAAAGAGUGACCAAAUAUUCAAGGACUACCAUUUCCUUUUGUUUAUUUUCUUUUUUAUUCCGCCUUUCCCGUGUGAUCCUGCAGGAUGGACUGGGCGUACAGCGGUGUCAACACGACGGUACCGCGAAACGCCGGACCGGAAUGCGCUGACUACCUGGAUCCGACUUGGAGAUGGAUGGAAUCAGUGGUUGUUCUUGCCGGAUGCUUUGCAACCUUCUGGUGGUCCUUCCGAAAGAUUUCCUUGCCGAGGGCCGCCGAUUACGUGCGAACAGAUAGAGGCGGUCGAAGGGCGCUCCUCGUUCUCAUGUCCCUCAUCUGGGGCAUGGAAAUCGGAUACAAAUUCUCGUCUAGGACUGUGAUAUACCUCCUCAAUCCCUGUCACGUAACAACGGCUCUGCAGAUCUACUUGCUGGCUGCAUCUCCCAACAAAAUGGUAACUGCUGUGUUUAGAUUUCAUCUGAAUCUACUCAACGGUCCGCUUUUGGCCUUUAUCUUCCCAGAAACAGACUCUAGAAUACUCCCAUUGGAAGCUGCAAUUUAUUGGGUGCAGCACGGGAUGAUGUUCGUUGUGCCUUAUUAUCUUCUACGACUUGGCGGUGUCUACAACGUCGAGGAAUUCUCGGACAUAAGUUGGAACGCCCUCAGUUAUAGUAUUAACAUUAUAUACCAUUACGCAAUCCUGCAGACAAUCGCCAUACCAACCCAGGUGAAUCUGAAUCACAUGAUCUGCCCUGCUAUCCUGGAUCCGUUCGGCGGUCCCUACUACAGGAUAGCAGCGGUCGUGCAUCAGGCCAUCCUCUGCCCGUUGAUGUGCAAACUGUUCUGUUCAGUCAGUGCGUUUUUCUUAACGAAGUUUUGGCCUACGAAGGUGAAAAGGACUUUGUGCUGCGAAGUUGCCGCCCCCAACAGCAACGGCGACAUGACGGAUUCGAACGGCCGACGUCAACACUCGGACUAAUCCCAAGACCGACGAAAUAAAAAAAACUGAAGACGUAAUAUAUGUCUCGCGAUUUGUGACUCGAUGAAAAGCAUAAAUUAAUUAUUGCAAUACAUGAGGUUGUGCCGGAAAAUUAAUUAAAUCGAUUCCAUUCAGUAAUAAUUAA